UUUAUUUGGUAAUUUGGUAAUAAAAGAUUAAAAGCUCAAAAUCGCUGCCACUGGAACUCGAUCUGAAGUCAAGUCACAUGGACAUCGCCCAGUGAGCAAAGUAGCAGUACAGAGAGAGAGAGGCAGUGGGGGUUUACCGAAGAAUUCAAGAUGGCUUUCAGUCCGAAGCGAGCUAUGGCGGAACUCCGCCACUCCAGCUCCAUGGGUACCCGAGCGUCGCAGUCUCCGAGGAAGCGUGACGACGUCGGUUUCUCUCCCUCGUUGCCGGGAAGUCCCAACGCCGACGGAGACAACUACCGUGGCCGUCAUCCGCGAGAUCGCAUCCGCUCCCUGUUAUCCACCAAUCUGCGGUCGAUGUUCCCCUUCUUGUUCGCCGACAGGUCUCACCUUCACAAUUCCAAGAUCUUCUUUCUCUUCGGCGCCGUUAUCGUCAUCGCUGUAAUGAUUUCGGCCUUUUCAAUUUUCAACAGAUUGAAUGCACCAUAUUUAUGCAUCAAGGAGGGCAUAACUCUUCAUUGUCCACGGGUUAAAGAGCCUCCUUCACUCUGGGAGAAUCCUUAUUCUGCCACGACCUCAUGGAAGGCUUGUGCUGAAAGGCGAAAGGGUAUAAUUUCAGAUCUUCCACCUAUGAAUGAAACAAAUGGAUACAUAUUUAUUCAUGCUGAGGGUGGUCUAAACCAGCAAAGAAUUGCUAUCUGCAAUGCUGUUGCAGUGGCCAAAAUAAUGAAUGCCACUCUUAUUUUACCCGUGUUAAAACAAGAUCAAAUAUGGAAAGACCAAACGAAAUUUGAAGACAUAUUUGAUGUUGAUCAUUUUAUAGACUAUUUGAAGGAUGAUGUUCGAAUUGUCCGUGAUAUACCUGAAUGGUUUACUGACAAAUCAGAGCUUUUCACAAGCAUAAGACGAACGGUCAAGAACAUUCCAAAGUAUGCUUCAGCAGAGUUUUAUAUAGAUAACGUUUUGCCACGAAUCAAGGAGAAGAAGAUAAUGGCCUUGAAACCAUUUGUUGAUCGGCUUGGGUAUGAUAACGUUCCUUCUGAGGUAAACAGGUUGAGGUGCAGGGUGAACUAUCAUGCUUUAAAAUUUCUUCCAGAGAUCGAACAAAUGGCAGAUCUACUAGUCUCAAGGAUGAGAAACCGUACUGGUAGCUCAAAUCCCUUCAUGGCCCUUCAUUUAAGGUUUGAGAAGGGGAUGGUGGGAUUGUCUUUCUGCGAUUUUGUGGGGACCAGGUUGGAAAAGACUCUAAUGGCUGCAUACAGAAAGAAAGAAUGGCCACGGCGGUUCAAGGAUGGUUCACAUUUGUGGGCAUUGGCCCUGCAGAAGCGGAAGGAAGGCCGGUGCCCUCUUGAGCCUGCUGAAGUGGCAGUAUUGCUUAGGGCAAUGGGUUAUCCUAAAGAAACUCAAAUAUAUGUUGCUUCUGGGCAGGUCUAUGGUGGACAGAACCGGAUGGCACCACUUAGGAACAUGUUCCCUAAUCUUGUUACAAAGGAGGAAUUGGCAAGAAAGGAGGAAUUGGAUGAGUUCAGGAAGCAUGUAACAAGUUUGGCGGCCCUUGACUUCCUUGUUUGUUUGAAAUCUGAUGUUUUUGUAAUGACACAUGGAGGAAACUUUGCUAAAUUGAUAAUUGGGUAUAGAAGGUACAUGGGUCACCGCCAGAAAUCUAUAAAACCGGACAAGGGUCUCAUGUCCAAAUCCUUAGGAGAUCCAUACAUGGGCUGGGCUUCCUUCAAGGAUGACGUUGUCAUUACCCACCAGACAAGGACUGGUUUACCUGAAGAAACAUUCCCGAACUAUGACAUCUGGGAGAACCCCUUAACUCCUUGCAUGUGUAAAGCCUGACUACAUUAGUCGGUAAAGGUGAAUAUCUUUAACUCUCUUUUGGAAGAGUAUUCUUUUCAGAAAACAUUUUGCUUAAGCAAUCGGCAGUUCUAUAGUGUUAGCAUUGUCAAAAAGGUGCAAGGAGAGCAGCACUUUGGGACAGAGAACUUCCUCCCAGCAUAAUCUGAGAUGGACAUGGAAAUCUGAAUGACAUGAGAGCUGCAAGUAGGUGAAAGUACACCUUGCAUAUGUGGAGCAGCCUAUGAUUUUCACCCGUGUUGUGAUUCUUCUCCUAGCCUCUAUGAGGACUUGCAGUUUUGUAUGUUGGAGGUUAGAUUAUUUCUCGAUUGUUUCAUGAUAAUGUGUAAAUUACAACACUGCUAAGCAGCAUGGUGUAUGAUGUUUUCUUGAUUAGAAUUAUAACCUAAUCUAAAAAUACUCAUCUACUUGACAUACAUAAAUUGGCUAAGAAGCAUGAUGUGUGAUGUUUCUUGGCCUCAGAGAAUUUUGCUGCUACAGUUGGGCUGAAGCUAGGCUCUGAUUGAGAUCUGAUGAUUCUGUUUGA